AUGCUACUGGUGUUCUGGUGUGUUGCUAUGGUGUUGUCCGUGGCUGAGGGACAGACCAUCUCGCGGGCCACGUGCGAGUACAUGGACAAUCCUGUUGGGAUUGCGACUCGCACGCCGCGCUUCAGCUGGGAGCUUCAGGGAGCAGCCGAUGUGUAUGGCCUGAAGCAGACGAGUUACCGGCUCCGUUUGGCCUUGUCCUCGGAGCAAUUGGCUGCCGAUGACUGCUUGAUCGACACCGGGCGCAUUGCUUCGGCACAGAGCACGCUCGUGUCUCUCCCUGCAACGGCCCAGCAGCUGAUCAGUGGCCAGCACUACAGCUGGGACGUGUCUCUCGAUUUAGUGGACAAUCAGAACCGUACUUACUCCAAUGUCCGGCCGACAGAGCCCCUGUACUUUGUUGUCGGCAAUCUACAGGCCAGGGACUGGAGUGCCAAGUCGACGUUUAUCGGUCUGCCUCCCACCAACCCCGCCAAUAGCACUAGCUACGCUUACGUUGAUUGCCCCUGGUGCCGUACCGUGGUGACGCUCAGUGAGACCCCACUCGCGGCCCUCGAGGACAAUCGUACCCGCGUUCAUCUGGAGGUGGCCUCCGUGGGCUACCACGAGCCAUACAUUGCCGGUGCCCGCGUGGCUCCAGGCACCCACCUUCUCCCCGCCGUCAGUUACCUGCCAAAGAGAAUCCUCAGCAAGACUUAUGACGUGACCGAUCUCGUCCGACAGAACUCAAGCUUUGUCCUCGGCCUAUGGCUCGGCCCUGGCUGGGGCGCCUUCACCGCCUCGGGCUACACCACCUUUGCUGAUUUUCCCCAGGUGCCCCUGGUUCGCGCCGAGCUGAACAUGCGCAUGCCCAAUGGCGACCUGGUGCUGCUGGCUGCGACGGGCCAGACUUUGGGUACCUGGCGUUGCAACCAGAGCAACAUGCAGCACGUUGGCGGCUGGGUCUCGGGUAACUACGGAGGUGAUCAGGUGGACAAUCGCAUCUCUGACACAGACUGGCUGCACUCCGACUACGAUGACUCGGCCUGGCCCCACGCCACCACCUACGACCCCACCCUUGGCGGCAAGACCAUCUCGCCCGCCGGUCUCGAACCGACCGGCGUCUUGGGCGAGGUGCAGGCCCGCCAUGCUAAUUGCACCGGACCAACCAGCAACAUGACGUGCGUCGUCACGAUGGACGAACUUUUCACGGGCUGGGUCAACGUGACCGACAUGCAGACCACCCCCAAUGGCACUGUCACCCUUCAGUAUGCCACUAACGAGGGCGUCACCAUGGAGUUUAACAUGAUGGACAAAGCCAUCGCCAACGCUGAGGGCCGAGCUGCUCUGCAGAACCGCUUUUGCUUCCAUGAAAUUCAAUACGUCACGAUCACGGGCUUGACUGCGCCUCUGAAUGCCGUCAACAUGCGCGGCAUCAAACUCGGGAACUUGCGCACACAACGCGGUGCCUUCAGCUCAUCCAAUCCUCUUUUCAACGCCAUGUACAACGCCUCCAUUGACACGUAUCGUGGCAUUACCAUCUCCGGCGUUUCCGUGGACUGCCCCCAUCGUGAGCGUCUGGGCUAUGGUGGGGACGCCCACACUUCCCUCGAAAUGGCGCUGGCCACCUUUGAUUCAGGCGCCUUCAUGCUCAAGUGGGCCCAGGACUGGGAGGAUGUGCAAAGUUGGAAUGGCACCGCCGGCAUCGUACCCCACACCGCACCCACCAUUUCCGGUGGGGGUGGUCCUGGCUGGGGAGGCUUUAUUUUUACGCUGCCGUGGGAGCUCUAUCGCUCGUACGGUGAUGUGGCCGCCGCCGAACGGCUGCUCCCGCACAUGCGCGCGCUUCUGGGCUUCUGGCUCACCCAUGUGUCGGCUGAGGGUUUGAUUGGGCCUUUCGGGGGGUAUUGGGACUUUCUCGGCGAUUGGCUCACACCACAUGGGUCUGAGCUGGCCACAAGCCCAGAUGCACUGCUCUUUAACAACAACUACAUUGCGUUGUGCUUCCGACGCUAUGCUGCCUUUACGCGCAUGCUCACUGGCAAUGCCACAGAGGCGGCUUGGGCUGAGCAGUGGGCAACCAACUUGGGCACGGCCAUCCAUACCAAGUUUUACAACGCCAGUUGCGGUGGCUACCUAUACUGCUACCAGGGCCACCUGCUCAUGCCCCUUGUCGCCGAGACGGUCCCGUCCGAUCAAGUAGCAGCCAUUCAGGCGCGUCUGCGCCAAGCAAUCAGCACCGACACUGACUCCCACUUUGACACGGGUCUGCACGGCACGUACUUUUUAACGCGCUACCUUGUCCUUCAAGGCUGGUCUGAUGAUAUGGGUGCACUGGCUGCCCAACGCACGUUCCCCAGCUAUGGCUGGUUCUUGGAUCAGGGCUACACGACCUGGCCCGAAGAGUGGCAGGGUGCUCCCUCGCGCAUGCAUGGGUGCUACAAUGCCAUCGGAUUAUGGUUCUCACAGGGCUUGGCUGGCAUCCAAGUUGCACAUGCUCUGGAUGAGACGCGCGCUGCGCAGGUUGUGUGCCGUGCUCCCUAUGAUCUGUCACUUGUGUCGGAUGUUACUGGUGAUGUUCAUACCAUCUGGGGCAUCAUCACGUCGACCUGGACUCGCUCGCCUGCGGGUCUGGUUCAUCACAACCUCACGAUUCCAGGGAAUAUGGAUGUGACGGUGGAAAUCCCUGCCACCACUUCUGACGUACACCUGCUGAAUCAACCCGUGCUGGGCAGCAGCCUGACGCUACUAGCUCCGGCGGACGCGGCCCGUAAUCUUACCCUAACUUCGGGCUUCUACCAAAUCAUGUUCCAGCUGCCUUCGGCCAGCAUCAGCGCGACCUAG